CUUAUGACGCCUCGGAGAGUAGGAACGUUGCUGCAAAUAACGUGGUUCAUAACUUUCAUUGAGACAAUUGUUGGCAUUGUGCUUAUAGUCAGGCUGCCCUUGUGUGGAUCCAGAAUUAAUAAGCUUUAUUGUUUUGACUGGGAUGUGGUGAAGCUGUCCUGUAUUGAUAACACCUUAAACAAUGUAUUUGCCUUUGUUAUCAUGGUUUUUCAUAUAUUUCAAGUCCUGAUAAUCAUGAUUUCUUAUGUCCUCAUCAUACGGACAUGUGUACGGUCUCAGGCAGAGCGUAAUAAGUUCAUGGAGACCUGUCUGCCUCAUCUCAUCACACUGGGUAUCUUGGUUGCUUCUGCUUCUAUUGAUUUUAUAUCAGCACGUUUAAGCUCAGACACCUCUCUGCAGCCUCUCAGAAACAGCCUUUCUAUAAUGUACCUCAUUGUUCCUCCUAUUCUGAACCCUGUCAUUUAUGGACUGAAACUGAAGCAGCUUCGAAGGAUUUUGUGGAAAAGGUUCAACAGCAAAAUUGCUGCACUGAAAUAA